GAGCUGGACCUUAACGGCGUUGCGGGAUGUUUAAAUAGCGACCCGGGGCUGCGGGCUGUUUAAGAAAAGUGGAACUGUGGGGCGGUAUGAUGUUGUAGGAGUUGCUUUGCCAAUAGACAGAGCCAUUGGCAACGUUUUGGUUUUGUAGCUGCUGGUUUCAGGUGGCAGUGCCAGGGUAGAUCUCCUUUUAGAAUUUUUAUCCUUUACUCCUGCCCCUUGCCUAUAAAUCCCCGCACCACGUCAUAAAAUACUUGCUGUAUGGCGUCUGGUUUUUAAGAGCAGGCUCUUAGCUCCUACAUUGUUUUGUACCCCACUUCAGAAUGUCAGGCUCCAGUACUCCUAAAUCUUUACCCACCUCUGGGCAGCAGUCUCUUCACGACAUCAAGCACCCGCUUAGCUGCUCUCCUUCGGCGGAGGAUGAUGCAGCAGGUGAAAACGGAGCAGUUAUCAUUGAAUCACCAAGCCCAGACCUACCCAAUACUGAGCCCAGCAGCCUAGCAGAUAAGGAUCUGAGUUUGCCCAAUGGUACUCCAGCAGAUACAUCCAGCCCAGCAUCCUCAUCAUCACUUCUCAACAGACUGCAGUUGGAUGAUGACUUGGAUGGUGAGACAAGGGACCUUUUUGUUACAGUUGAUGACCCAAAGAAACACGUGUGCACUAUGGAAACCUAUAUUACCUACCGGGUGUCAACAAAGACCACACGGACAGAAUUUGAUCUGCCAGAGUACUCAAUACGCCGAAGGUACCAAGACUUUGAUUGGCUGAGGAAUAAACUUGAAGAAACACAACCCACCCACUUCAUUCCCCCACUCCCUGAGAAAUUUGUGGUGAAAGGAGUUGUUGACCGCUUUUCUGAAGAGUUUGUGGAGACAAGGAGAAAAGCAUUGGACAAAUUUCUUAAGAGGAUUGCAGAUCAUCCAGUCUUGUCCUUUAAUGAACAUUUUAAUGUCUUUCUCACAGCCAAGGACCUAAACAGCCACAAAAAACAGGGUAUUACUCUGCUAUCUAAAAUGGGAGAGUCUGUGCGGUAUGUGACAAGUGGUUACAAACUACGGAACCGUCCUGUGGAAUUUGCCACCAUAACCGAUUACUUGGACACAUUUCAACUGAAGCUUGGUACAAUUGACAGAAUAGCACAGCGCAUUAUCAAAGAGGAAGUUGAAUACUUAAUGGAGCUUCGAGAGUAUGGACCUGUAUACUCCACGUGGAGCGGGCUAGAGAGGGAGUUAAAUGAGCCUCUGGAGGGAGUGUCAGCCUGUGUUGGAAACUGCAGCACUGCACUGGAGGAACUCACUGAAGACAUGUCAGAGGACUUUCUGCCAGUGAUCAGAGAAUAUAUGUUAUACUCUGAAUCUAUGAAGACUGUUUUAAAGAAAAGGGAUCAAGUUCAAGCAGAGUACGAGGCCAAAGCGGAGGCUGCUGCCUUAAAAAGAGAAGAGCGAUCUACGGUGCCAACAGAUGUAGAGAAGUGCCAAGACAAGGUAGAAUGUUUCAAUGCAGAUCUGAAAGCAGACAUGGACCGGUGGCAGAAUAACAAGAGGCAAGACUUCCGGCAGCUGCUUAUGGGAAUGGCUGACAAAAACAUUCAGUACUAUGAGAAGUGCCUUACAGCCUGGGAGUCCAUUAUACCACUUCUACAAGACAAACAGGAACCAAAGUGAGCAUUCCUUAAAUGAGAGGACAGUGCACCAUGUUUGAGUUUGCUGGGGCUGACACCAGCUGGGGAACUUGCAAACAAAAGGACUUUCGACUGCAUUGAUUUCUUAAUACAGUGCAUUCUAAGAAGUCCUCCGAUUCCCUUUUUCAUUUUUUGACUGUGAGGUUUUUGUGUUUUGUUUGCCUCGUGUAAAGUUCCCAGGACUCAUGAUCUGGUUUGGUCUUCAGAUCCACCAGCAACAGCAUUUUCUGUAAUCUGUGAAGAGCCUGAACUUUAAAUAGCAAACAUGCAUACCAUCCGGAGAAGCCUUUUUUUCAGUUUCAUAACACUAAACACCCAUCGACUAUUGUGAAGAACCUGUUGAGUGCAAUUAAAACAGCUCGUUAUGAUGCCGUCUUAAUCAGAGUGGAUUUCAAGAAAUACCUGUUUUCUAUAUGGUUUAUCUCCACUAUCUGUGGCCAGGUAUCCUAUUUUUUUCCCUGUGUGUGUGCAGUCCAAAUGUUACCUCUGAAUGUUUAUAGGCGCGUUGGGUCAGCAUGAACUGUAUUGGUAAACGUGGCAUGAAGUAAUCCCUUUUUGAUGUUCUUUUUGCCAUCCCCAAAAUUGGAAUGCAGUCUGUUGUAUCUCUGCACAUGGAGCCAGGUCUUGGGUAUUGUUUUUUGUUUACACUGGGGCCUUAUAUGAAGUGUAUCAAAGGGAACAUCCAUCAGACAUUUUUGUUAUUUUUUUUGAAAGUGUGUGCAAAAACAAAGGAAAUUUAAAAUACGUGUUUAUGAUUUUUUUUUAAUAAAAAUAAUUUAAAAACCUUAA